AUGGCCGCACUCGGAUCUGCCUUUCGCACUUUCUGGCAUACUAUGACCAGCAAUGACCGGCACUCCGACUUCGACUCGCCGCAACGCACCGGUCGCCAUGUUCCGCUUCAGAACGGCCGCAACAUCAUGACUGGCAUCGCGACCGCUUCCGACUCCCGCGCCGACAUUCAUAGCCCAUACUUUGACGAUUCCCGAAACCCCUCCGCCCAAGGCUCUCCCACCAACGGCAACCGAGGAUACUCGCCAGGCCUCCGAUCGCAGAACGUAAAUAAGGAUGGCUUCGAGGUCCAGUCGCCUGGUGACGUUGCCAUGCAGUCAUUUGAGAAUGGAGUCCCUCCACCGCCCCCUGUUGCACACUCCUGGAGACGCAUCGAUGCAUGGGCCGAGGAAAACUACCCAGAGCUGUUUGAUCAGCUGUGUGAGGGCGCCACAAACAACGAUCUGAACGACCUGGAGCAUCAAAUGGACUGCUCUCUGCCCCAGGAUCUCCGCGAAUCGCUCAUGAUUCACGACGGCCAGGAGCGAGGUGGAAUGCCGACCGGCAUCAUCUUUGGUUCAAUGUUGAUGGACUGUGAAGAGAUUCCCCAGGAGUGGGAGACGUGGCGACAAGUGAAUCAGCAAUUCAUGUUGGACGCCGCCGCAAACAAGCCACCCACCCCGUCUGGCAGCGAGGCUUCUUCUUCCAAGCAGCGACCUGGAUCCUCUUCAUCAUCCAACGGCCCCGGCGAGUGGAGACAGAAUCUCCUGGCCAAGCAGACCUGUAUUCCUCCGAAUACCGUGCAAAAGGCAUACGCACACUCGGGCUGGAUUCCCCUGGUCCGUGAUUGGGGUGGCAACAACUUGGCCGUUGACUUGGCUCCCGGCCCUGCUGGUCGCUACGGCCAGAUUAUCCUGUUUGGUCGCGACUACGACACCAAAUACGUUGUUGCCCGUUCUUGGGCCGCCUUCCUCGCCUUGGUUGCUGAUGAUCUCAACAGCGGAAAGUGGUUCAUCGAUGAGGACACCAAUGAGCUCAAGCUUCGGGAGUUCAAGGAUGCGCGAGUUGAGCCUUCUUAUUUCAACAUCCUUCGAUGGAGAAUGGACCAAAAGCAUGGACGACAGGCUGCCAAGCGACAGUCUCAGCGACCUGUUUCCCGAGUUGCUUCCAAGAGCAACUCGCCUCUCGGCUCUCGAUCUGCCUCGCCUUAUGCCAAUCCCCAGGAUUCCAACGGCGAUAGCCGCGGUCGAUCGAUGCAGCGCCUCCGCGACGGUUCCCCUCUUACUAGCCCUAUGAGAAACGGUGUCGGCAAGCCCCCGGCUCCUUUCCUAAGCCGAGUGACAGAAGAGGCAACUGUUGAGCUCACUGACGCAGUUAUUGAGCCCAGCACUUUGGUCGACGUGGAGGAUGAUGAUGAUUCACCCCGAAACAGCCAAGACACAAAGCGUCCCGCCGUAACGACCCUUGAGCGCUCAGAGUCGGAUCCAGCCAAGGACAAGGGCAAGGAUGUUGAAUCCCCCAAGGCAAACGGCAAGCACCCCGAGGUUAUCAUCGACGAUACCAUGAAAGAGAUUGAGAUUUAG